AUGAAUGGUGAUUUAUUUAAAAGUUGGCUUGUGAAAUUUGAUCAAAAAAUGCGACUAAAUCAAAGAAAUGUUUUAUUAUUUAUUGAUAAUUGUACAGCUCAUUGUACUAUUAAUUUAAAAUCUGUAAGAAUCGAAUUUUUGCCUCCAAAUACUACAUUUAAACUACAACCAAUAGAUCAGGGAAUAAUACAAAAUUUCAAAACAUUAUACCGCAAAGAAAUUAUUCGAAAAAUUGUUUACGAUAUUGAUGAAGGCAGACCAUGCUCAAUAAAUUUAUUACAAUCUAUGCGCAUGUGUGAAAAAGUAUGGCGUAAUGUACAACCGAAUACAAUUAUCAAUUGUUUCAAAAAAGCUGGAUUUUAUUUUGAUGAAGAGCAGUGUGAUGGUGAUAUAUGUUUAGAAAACAAUGAUGAUGAUGAUGGUGGAUAUGAUUAG